CCGCGGGCCGCCGCCUCCGUCCCGGCUGCGGCCCCUGCCGGUUACAUAACUCGUUUAGGGCUCCGCGCGGCCCCGCGUCUCGGCUGCCUGCCACCCCAGGAUGCGCUGAGCCCCACGACGGCGUCCGCUGCCGCCGGCUCCCGCCCGAGGUGUGAAUGACAGAGGUGGUGCCGUCCAGCGCCCUCAGUGAGGUCAGCCUGCGCCUCCUCUGCCACGAUGACAUAGACACCGUGAAGCAUCUGUGCGGCGACUGGUUCCCCAUCGAGUACCCAGACUCAUGGUAUCGUGAUAUCACCUCCAACAAGAAAUUCUUUUCCCUUGCCGCGACCUACAGGGGCGCCAUCGUGGGAAUGAUAGUAGCUGAAAUAAAAAGUAGGACCAAGAUACAUAAGGAAGACGGGGAUAUUCUAGCCUCCACCUUCUCUGUUGACACACAGGUUGCAUACAUUCUAAGUCUGGGAGUAGUGAAGGAGUUCAGGAAGCACGGCAUAGGUUCCCUUUUACUUGAGAGUUUAAAGGAUCACAUAUCAACCACCGCCCAGGACCACUGCAAAGCCAUCUACCUGCAUGUCCUCACCACCAACAACACAGCAAUAAACUUCUACGAAAACAGAGACUUUAAGCAACAUCACUAUCUCCCCUAUUACUACUCCAUCCGAGGGGUCCUCAAAGAUGGCUUCACCUAUGUCCUCUACAUCAACGGCGGCCACCCUCCCUGGACAAUCCUGGACUACAUUCAGCACCUGGGCUCCGCACUAGCAAACCUGAGCCCUUGCUCCAUCCCGCAUAGGAUCUACCGCCAGGCCCACAGCCUGCUCUGCAGCUUCCUGCCGUGGUCCAGCAUCUCCACCAAGGGUGGCAUCGAGUACAGCCGGACCAUGUGAUGCCCGCUGGGCAGCCUCCAUCAGGCCCCACCCUUCGGCACCCUGCAGAACCCACCUUCCUGGCCAUCUGGCUUCUGUCCUCUGCAAAGGAGCUGGUAGCCCCUUGCCGGGCCCAUCGGCCUGCCCCAGCUGCAGGCCCGGUGCUAGGCGGGCUCGGAGCAGAGCGUCGUGGGGCACACCUGGUAUCUGCCAGGCUCUUCCAGCCCUCCUUCCUUUACUGGUAACCUCGGGAAACCACCGCCUCUGCCUGCGCCCUGGUCCCGCCUCCACGAGCGUGCACCAGCCCCACUGGCCAGCUGGGGUGUGGCGGCCUUCACUGUGGUCUGUUUCCUCCUCCAUCCCCUUCCCCUCCACUGCCAUUCCUUCCAGCUCCUUCCUUCAAAGCCAGAGUGAACUUCUGCUGGAAGGAAGGAACCCAACUGUUAUGGACAGACCUGAGCCUAAAGACAGAGGAGCCUUGGAACAACGAGGGAGUGAAAUCAAGGGAAUGCCAGAUCUUUGUCCAAAACCAGCCCACAGAAGCCUCGGAUGUGGGGAACAGCCCCUGCCUCUCCAUGAGGGGCUGGCUCCUGGCGGGCAGAACCAGAAGGCUUUUCACCCAAGCACAGGGCUCUGGGGCUUAGACUCUGAUGCAGGAGGUCAGAUCAUGGAACAGUUCUCCACCCCGCGGUGGCCUCCUGCCCAGGGCUUCACAUGGUCCCGGCGAGCAUGGAACUGUCCAUCACAUGGUGGAUGUUGGCUUGGCUGGGCUGUCCCCGGGAGCUGGGCUGAGGAUAGGUGCCAGUGAGGUUCCCCCGGGGCCCCUCCCAACCCCCCCAAAUCCAUGAGCUGAAGCUCUAAGAUGCGGACAGGAGAAAGCUGAGAGUGGUGUCGAUAGUGGGGCCUGGCCUUCGGGGCUGGGGCUGUUACGUGCCUUGCGGCCCCUCAGUCCCUGGGGGCCGAGACAGAAGAGGCUGUCAGUGCCAGGAAGUGUGCGUGUGAACAUCACUUGCUUCUGGCAUCACCCUCACCUCCAUCCCCCAAAGCUGCUUGCUGCCCGCCCUGCCCUCCAGAGUAGAGGGGGUGGCAGAGUCACGCCCAGUGUUGCUGCAGUGUCCUGGAGCCAUGGCCACCAGGCGCCAGCCUGAGAGCAGGAGGAGAAGGGAGAGCAACAGGCAGGGGGCCUGGGUGACUGUCAUGCUCCCCUCCCUCAGAACUGCACAGCCUGGGGCCGCCUCCACCCUCAAAGUGGGAGAACAGUGUUCUCGAGAUGAGGACGAGGGCGAGCCCUGGUCAAGAGAAGCACUCUUCCUCCUUCGACCUCCUGACUGGCAGUGCCUCUUGGGGAGAGGUCCAUGUUGCGGUGACCUGUCCCCACCUCUGCACUGACCUUGGCUUCAUGCUGAGACUCAGCUUGGUGUUCUAAUCUGAAUCAGUGGUGAUUGUGUGAUUUUUAUUUCUGCCCCGAGGGGUAAGGAAGAGUCUUCUGGAAGGUUUUGCCUUGGACAUUAUUCAUAAUCAGAGGCCUCACCCUGCCCCUCCAUCCCUGCCCCCAAUCACUGCAGUGUCCAGCCCAUUGUUGAAUAGAUUGUAGUGUUUUGUCUCAUUACAAAUAAACAGCCUUUAAUUGGUCA